ACGCGUGUGAAGCGGACGCCUCUUAUCCUUCGGUUCGGUUGCUCAGUGUGUGACGGUCCAUUCUGCUUGCGUUAAGCCGUAUUACAUCCGUGUCGUGUUGUAUGCUCUUUGUGUAGGCAGACUAGUGACAGCGACUGUACCAAAAUGGAGCCCAAAUCUUUCGCGAUCGUCUGUUUGUGUUUGAUUGCUGUCGCUUUUGGCAGCGUAAUGGCGGAUGUUUCUCACAUCGCUCCCGAAGCGCUGGAAAAUCCUGUGACGGAUGUGUGCCUGUCCUGCAUCUGUGAGGCGUCGUCCGGUUGCGAUGCGUCGCUGCGCUGCAAUGGCGAUGUGUGCGGUAUGUUCCGCAUUACCUGGGCGUACUGGGCCGAUGCCGGCAAGCCUGUCCAGCAGGGCGAUUCACCCGACUCCCAGAAUGCUUAUCCGAACUGUGCCAACGAACCGUACUGUGCUGCACGUACCGUCCAGGGAUAUAUGAGAAAGUUCGGACAGGACUGUAAUGGUGAUGGUACGAUCGAUUGCUUCGAUCACGCGAUCAUCCACAAGCUUGGAGGCUACAACUGCAAGAACCAGGUACCGAUCGUCUACCAAACCAAGGUCGACGAAUGCAUCCAGCGUAAGGCCGCCGAGUAUGGAGUCGCCCGCCAAUAGUGGUCAUUGCGACUAUUCACCAUUUCUUUUUAUUUAUGACAUAGAUUUAAAACAAUGCGGCUUCUCUCUCAAAUCCCCAGCACAAGAUG